CACUGCGCAUGUACGAUGGACCUUCGCUUAGAAAAUCUUUCAGUGUGUCUGAGUCCGUGUGGAUGGGCUAGCUGCUGCGGCAGAGACAAGGGACAAGAAAAUACCUGCUUCGGAGCCGGGAGCCUUUCUCCAUUCUGCGAGCGGUAGCCUCCUUUUUGCGACUGACAGAAACUGCUUCACGGAUUUAUUUUUCCAUUGAUUGUCUCCUGGUGGAUUUUUUUUAACACGAGAAAGAAAAACACUAUUAGUUAUUUUUAAAACCGCACUGUUCCGAGCAUCUAGUCCUUUCGUAGCAGACCUUGCACGGAGCAACGCGACCCGCUUCUUAAACACAAGAAGAAGAUGUCAGGCUACCAGGGAAAGAAGAAUAUUCCUCGCAUUACAAGUGAUCGUCUCUUGAUCAAAGGCGGGAAGAUUGUGAACGAUGACCAGUCCUUCUGUGCUGACAUCUACAUGGAGGAUGGCCUUAUCAAACAAAUCGGGGAGAAUUUGAUCGUCCCGGGCGGGGUGAAGACCAUCGAGGCCCACGGGCGCAUGCUGAUCCCCGGGGGCAUUGACGUGCACACGCGCUUCCAGAUGCCCGACCGGGGGAUGACCGCGGCGGACGACUUCUACCAGGGCACCCGCGCCGCCCUGGCGGGGGGCACCACCAUGAUCCUUGAUCAUGUGGUUCCUGAUCCCGGGGCGAGCCUCAUAUCCGCGUUUGAUCAGUGGCGGGAGUGGGCUGACGGCAGGUCGUGCUGCGACUACUCCCUGCACGUGGACAUCACCGAGUGGCACAAGGGCGUCCAGGAGGAGAUGGAGACGCUGGUCAAGGACCACGGGGUGAACUCCUUCCUGGUCUACUUGGCCUAUAAGGAUGUUUUCCAGUUGACAGAUUCACAGGUGUAUGAGGUGUUUGGUGUGAUUCGGGAUCUGGGGGCCAUCGCCCAGGUGCACGCUGAGAAUGGAGACAUCAUAGCGGAGGUGAGUCCCCCUCACUGCCCCCAACAUCUUCUGCCCCUUAACCCCCCCCCCCAACUGCUCUCUCUCUCUCUUUCUCACCGCUCCCGCCCAGGGAUCACCGGCCCGAGGACUCUGAGCCGCCGCAUGACGCGGAGCGGACACGUCCUGAGCCGCCCCGAGGAGGUGGAGGCUGAGGCAGUCAACCGCUCGGUCACGGUGGCCAAUCAGACCAACUGCCCUCUCUACAUCACCAAAGUGAUGAGCAAGAGUGCUGCUGAUGUCAUCGCCAUGGCCAGGAAAAAAGGUACUGUGGUGUACGGGGAGCCAAUCUCUGCCAGCCUGGGCACAGACGGCUCACACUAUUGGAGCAAGAACUGGGCCAAAGCCGCCGCCUACAUCACGUCCCCGCCCCUCAGCCCAGACCCCACCACGCCCGACUAUCUCAACUCGCUGCUCUCCUGUGGGGACCUGCAGGUGACUGGCAGUGCCCACUGCACCUUUAACACUGCCCAGCGUGCAGUGGGCAAGGACGACUUCACCCUCAUCCCCGAGGGCACCAACGGCACCGAGGAACGCCUGUCCCUCAUCUGGGACAAGUGUGUGGUAACAGGGAAGAUGGACGAGAACCAGUUUGUGGCCGUCACCAGCACCAACGCCGCCAAGAUCUUCAACGUGUACCCGCGCAAGGGUCGCAUCGCGGUGGGCUCCGACGCUGACCUGGUGCUGUGGGACCCCGACAUCACCAAAAUCAUCUCUGCCAAGAGCCACAACCUGGCAGUGGAGUAUAACAUCUUUGAGGGGACAGAGGUGCGUGGGGGCCCCCUGGUGGUGAUCAGUCAGGGUAAGAUCGUGCUGGAGGACGGAAACCUUCACACCACCGAGGGCUCUGGCCGUUACAUACCCCGCAAGCCCUUUCCCGACUAUGUCUACAAGAGGAUAAAGGCCCGCAGUAAGCUGGCUGAGUUGAGGGGGGUCCCACGGGGUCUGUACGACGGGCCUGUGUGCGAGGUGUCAGUGACCCCCAAAACCAUCACCCCGGCCUCCUCUGCCAAAACCUCCCCCGCCAAGCAGGCCGCCCAGCCCGUGCGGAACCUGCACCAGUCUGGAUUCAGCCUCUCCGGUGCUCAGAUUGAUGACAACAUCCCUCGACGCAAUACCCAGCGCAUAGUGGCUCCCCCUGGUGGGAGGGCCAACAUCACCAGUCUGGGCUAAGCUCUCUCAUUGGCUGAAAGGGGAAGGGGGUGUGUCAGGAAGUAGGGUGUUGGCCCACAGGCCACGCCCAUUGUCAGAGCUGCAACCCUGAAGAUCCCUGCCUACAAAAGUCCCCUCUCUUCAGUCUUAUCACCCCCCACCCACCCCCUUCACCUCCCCUUCACACCUCCACCCUGAAAUACCCACAAAUCUCUUUGAGUUGACUCAUUUACUGGACACGCACUCUAUUUCAGACUGUAUUGCUUUGUGUUUUAUACUGUAUGAUCUACCGCCGUACAUCAUUUUGCUUUGUUUUGUUUUUAAAGGAAGAGACAAGUGAAACAAGACUGAGCAAUUGUAUUUUUUUCAUUUAUAGAAAGAAAAAAUCGUAUGUUCUGGGCUGUGGUGUCCAUGUUUUGCCUUUAGCCUUGCAAGUAAAGAUAUAGGUUUGUUUUUUUUAUUUAAUGUUUGUCAUCUUUUAUGAGCAUGGAAUAUGACAAGAGUGCUGAAAAUAGAACAUCAGAAUCGCAGGAUGUUGUGUGCAUACGUAUUAUUUUGGGAAAAAGUAUGCAUUGGAGUCUGACUCUUUUGUAAGGUUUUCCUCAUUGUUCAGAAGAGUACACUGUACCUGAUGUAUUUCAUGUAGCCAACGUUCAAGAAUCAAGUCACUGCACAGAACACGUCACCAUGGAGAUAUCAGGAGAAUUAGUUAAGAUUAGAGACUCGCGUUUGAAGAAACAUGAAACCGUUUUGCGUCUGCGUGCUGCAGAUCCUUGUUGAUGCGGAAGGUGAGCGGAGGUUUUGAUCUCUGAGCAGGCGGUGCGAUGGCUGUGAGCACGCGAUGGAGAGCGGCAGUCCUUCUGGCUCAUUUUUCCUCCAAUGCGUUGUUUUACGUAACCUCGUCAUCUCCAGCGGUGGUGCUCGGUGCUCCACCAGAGCGGCGGCUCCUUCGCAAACCGCUCCCCGUGUGCGAGUCUCCGUCUUCGAUCGUCUGAAAUUUCCGACCCCCGAACGUCUGCCUUUAACCUGUGGGCUGGGUGAGUUGCGGAGGUGUUCGCGGCGGUUGGAGCAGCGCGCCGUCCGAAUCGUGGCCUGGGGGCGCUCCCAGCGGUUCGGAAAGGCAGAGCGUGCUCAGCCUCUCGCCCCUCUGGCCCCUUGCGUUUGCUCCCUACUCGUGCCUCAACUGCGUCUGCAGGACCCACAUGAGGUGCAUCGAUAUUUGUAUUAUUACUUAGGUAAGACAAGGCUGUAAAAUACAUUGUGUAUAAAAAAAAAAAUAGUAUUAACCGAUACUAAGGUGCCAGAUCUUUUUAUUAUUAUUAUUAUUAUUAUUAUUGUUCCUCACAUAGUGGUUGUGUAAAAAAAGGAAACAAAAAACUUUUUUAAGGUAGCUUUAUGUGUUGCAUUUUUACGCAGUGUUAUUUGUAUUUCUGAUUCACCUCCCACGGACUAAACAUCUAAAUGGACGUGUGUCAUUCCUGACACUAGAGGCGUUUUCGUGUCUGGGGAAAGGGCCCAGCUGCACGCUGAUCGCUCCCAAUGCAGAGUGAGUAAAAUGGUGGCCACAAGAGGCCGCUUCUUAUUAAGAACGUAAUCCCAUCGCUGUCCUCGCGUCCUCCGCGCGUUUCACGUGUCUUGACCCGCGCUGAACCCUCUCCCUUCGCUGGUGCGAGUGUAACUCCACGGGACAAGUGCGUCAGCCCGGUUCCUUCCUCUGGUUUGUGGUCGUGACAUUCAGUCGCUUGGCUGUGUGCUAGCCCUGUAAACGGUACCUGGGGAUGUCAAGUGACAAAUUCAAACCCCUGGGAAGUGUUGAGUUGGAUUCGCUUGGUUAAUUUGCCUUGGUCGGCAUGCAUGGGCAGUGUGUCCAACUGAUCUCUUCCCCCUCCCCCCCAGGGCGUAAAACUUAAUUACGGGAUAAAUAAAACUGCUCCAAUUAGAGAUCAAUGUGCAAAAAGUUUCAAGGUCACUCUGCUGAAUGAGAGGAACUGUUUUCUUCUUCGCAAAACAGCCCUAGGCAUCCUGUGAAAGUGUUAGUGCAGAAGCAUUGCUCUUGCAUGUAGUGUAUGCCAUGUUGUAAGGACUUUACAGGAGGAGGUGCAUGACGGCGUUGAGGACUCCUGCCUGGUACCUUAUGACCUCCUUCUGUCUCCUCACACACUUAGUCUUUACACCUUUGAGCUCAGUGGUCACUUUAAUCUUCCUUGUUCUCUUUACAUCCAUGCACUUAUAAUCUCAGUGAUUUUUAUUAUGAUUGUUUUUGUUGUGAUUUUAUUAGUAUUUUGUGUUUGUUUGUUUCUUGUUUAUUGUGUUUUUCUCCUUUUGCCUCCGCGCUGAAACGCAGACCGAUGCUAAUGGCUGUGUGAAUUUAGCAUGGGUCUCCCAUUCGCUUGCUUGCUGUUAGAAUGCUGAGAAUCUCAGAGGGGAGGGAACAGGGCCUUAAAGAACAGAGAGGCCCUACACCCCUGCAUAUUCCUGUCUGCUUAUAGGCCUCAAAGAACAGAAAGGCCCUACACCCCUGCAUAUUCCUGUCAGCUUCCAGGGCCUUAAAUAACAGAAAGGCCCUACACCCCUGCAUAUUCCUGUCAGCUUCCAGGGCCUUAAAUAACAGAAAGGCCCUACACCCCUGCAUAUUCCUGUCAGCUUACAGGGCCUUAAAGAACAGAAAGGCCCUACACCCCUGCAUAUUCCUGUCUGCUUAUAGGGCCUCAAAGAACAGAAAGGCCCUACACCCCUGCAUAUUCCUGUCAGCUUCCAGGGCCUUAAAGAACAGAAAGGCCCUACACCCCUGCAUAUUCCUGUCUGCUUACAGGGCCUUAAAUAACAGAAAGGCCCUACACCCCUGCAUAUUCCUGUCUGCUUACAGGGCCUUAAAUAACAGAAAGGCCCUACACCCCUGCAUAUUCCUGUCUGCUUACAGGGCCUUAAAUAACAGAAAGGCCCUACACCCCUGCAUAUUCCUGUCAGCUUACAGGGCCUUAAAGAACAGAAAGACCCUACACCCCUGCAUAUUCCUGUCAGCUGGAUGGAAGUGUUCUUAGAGAAACAGUUUGGAAAGUGUGCACCAGUAGAGUUUGGCAGCAGGGGAAAUGUUUUCCUGCUUUUAUCUCCCCCUCUGGAGGCUUUGUAUCGCUCCAUGCCAUAGUGACAACAUGGGCUAGUGAUUCUAGUCAUUCUCGCCCUGCAUUUUAUUUCCUAUGAGAACUGCAGUUGCCCCUGGCGACCCCUCUGGGCCCUGACGCUGUUAGAGCAACGGAACACCCAAACAGGCACACCCCCUGGCAGACUGCACAACUUUUCCAGCUCAGUCUGAGGGCUUUGGGGUCCCAGAAGGUGCAGGUGCACGGAGGGGCACCGUUAGCCCUAAAUCUUGCACAAAGCUCCCUUCCAUUCCAGUGAACAUGUCAGGACAAGCAGUGGUCUGAGCUGAAUUACUGCAGCAGCUGACCCUCCAGAGAAUGCAAGUGGCAACAAUACAGUGUGCCAGGAUGCUCACUUUGUGUACCCACAAUGCAACGUGGCAGAAUGCUGGGUCCAAGUACUUGCAAUACAACUCUCUACUAAUAUGCAGUAAUGCUUGCCCCCUCCCCCACCCACUGCCACCUCUCACCCCCCUGCUUUGGCCAGCUGUGUAACUCUAUGCUCAUAUGUGAUGUAAGUGCAGCACUGAGAGAAAUUCUUUUGGUCUGAAGGUGAUGUCAUGCUUCCCCCAUUGUAAAAGUGAAAGUGUUGAUGAUGUGUGUUCUCUUAGGCUGUGGGGUUUUGAGGAUGCCUGUCUCUCUGAAAAGUAUCAAAUCCCAUUGAUGGUUACUUAAAUAAUUUCAAAAAUAAAAAACAAACAAAAAACGA